UGAUUUUGCAUUUCUGGGUAGGGACCUGGCCGUAAACAAAAGAGUUCUCCCUGUCAGCUCCGGCACACUGCUUUGCAUGGCUGUUCACAGCAGAGCCAUGCAAAGCAGUGUGCUUACAGUGAAGCACACAUGCACAACAUAAUGUAAAAUAACACACAACACACAGUUAACCCUUUGAUCGCCCCAGAUGCUUACCCCUUCAUGCUCAGUGCCAUUAGUACAGUGUCAGUGCUUUUUAUUAGCACUGAUCACUGUAUUGAUGUCACUGGGGAUGUCAGUGACACCAAGUCAGUUCCCCUCAGUGUCAGAAUGCCAGCAGCAGUCCCGC